AUGGCCGACACCGAAACCCCCCCAUCGACACCAACAGCGGGGGCCGGGGGCGAGAGCACGGCCACCAUCCCCGCUAUCGAUGCUUCACCAGAAAGUGGAACUGAGCCAGAGCCCGACGCGGGCAGCCUAGAACCGACCAGAAGCACCACCGAUUCCCCCGUUGCCAAGCCUCUUGGGAUGUCUGCCUCACGCCCACCCUCGGAAAUGACACUCCCCACCUUUAUGCCGCUGGACUGCGCUCUACCCAACACCGCUCCCGUAUCUGCCUCUGACACGAGACGAUGGAGCGUGAAUCUGCCCGCAUGGAUGAAGAUGGGCCGCCGCAAGGCUACGUCUGAGCUACUGGCCACCGAGGAGCAAUACGUCAAUGAUCUGGACGUCCUCGUCAACGAGUACAUGACAGCUCUGCCAGCUGAGUUGGUCUCAGACGAGGAGAUUCUUUUGAUUUUUAUCAAUCUGCCGGCCUUGCUGGCAUUCCAUCAACAAUUUCUCAGCGAUAUGGUCACCGCUUCCACGGACCCCAAGGGCGUCAAACUGGCUCAACUCAUCCUUGACAAGGUUGAAGAGCUCACGGAGCAUUACCAGCGAUACUGCGGAGAUCACAGCCGCUCCAUCACUGCACUCGUCACCAAGCUGCAAUCUCAAAAGUCUUUCCAAGUGCUGUUGAACCUCAAACAGAGCCAGCUGAAUCGCCCGCUGGCUCUCAAAGAUGAUCUCUUAAAACCCGUCCAGCGUGUCAUGCGGUACCACUUGCUCCUGGGCGAGCAGCUCAAGCAAAGUCGUCCAGAGGAACCUGGCUACGCGAGCCUCUCCUUAGCCGUCGACGCCAUGAAAAAGAUGGCUCUCGACAUCAACACACACGCCCGUCUGGUUCACUUGAUGCGUCUGGAGCACGGCGAUAUUCACAUUGCGCGCACCAUUCCCCUCCGUGACCGACUUUCCUCAUUGGCCUGUGACUAUGCUCAGCUCGGCGAGCUGCGCGAUGAGAUCAGCGAUGUUGUGUUCUAUCCCGAAGGCAAGGAUCGCGGCAAGGGGAGCACUCGAUGGCUCAUAUUCUUUUCCAAAGCCAUCCUAUCGCUCAAGGCCCGGGAAGGCACGGAUCUCAGCGUGAAGGAAAUGUAUGAUUUGGGCAUGCACUUUGCGUCCUUUGCCGACCGUCACUCCUUGCGCAUGAGCAACGGUGAUGGCAAUACUGCCGAUGCCCCGCUCUACGUCGCGCGCAACUUUGACCUGGCCGACCGACUGGCUUGGCUUUGUCAGCCGGAGAAAUUACCCGUGGCCAUUCCCUCUCCCCACCGGGGCAAGGCCAAGCGGUGGCUCACCGGUCGCGAUCGUCUCCCCUCCAGCUCUGCCAAAGGCGAGGCCGCCAAGGCUGUGCUCGUCGCCAAGCAACUCGACCAGCAGCGGGAGCGAGCCAUGUCGCUGGAGGCGGCCACCUUGCUGAGCACGCUGGCAUCGGGCGGCGGGCGCAAGCCUUCGUCGACCGCCUCGUCGCUCUCUGGCUCUGCCACCCGACCCCUAUCGCUUAUGGUCACAUCCUCAACGAGUCCUCGCCCAUCAAUCAGCAACAGUGAUUCGAUAGCCCUCGAAGCGGAAGAGAGUACCACUGACGACUAUGCCAUCGGUGACUAUCUAGACACGCAAGAACGCCUGCGACAAGCGGUAGCUGAGCUCCAAGCAGAGCUGGAUGACCAAAGCACGGCCAUGCGUGAGCUGUUGGAUGAUUUGGCCCAAGCGCGCAAGGACCUUGCGCUUGCCAACGCCAGCUCAAAUGGAGACAACAACACCGCUGCCUCAUCAGGCCCGGCAACUCCACACACCGGAUCCACGGCCCCAACCCUCCUAGAUUCUGCCUCAGCAGCCGUCGUAGAUCUGCUCCUGAAGCAGGAUGCCGAACAGAUUCAGCAACUCCGUCGCCAACAACGCCAAAUGCAACGUCAGAAUACAACACUUCAGGCUCAAGCUGAUGCCACCAAGACCGAGAAAGAUGAGCUAAGUGCUCAGAACACCGUCUUGGAAGAGCGGGUUGCAGAGUUGGAAGCACAGCAAGCUGCUCGCGAGGCUGAGCUUGAAGCCCGUGAUCAGGAAAUUGCUCGAUUGCGUGAGCAGGUGACUGCCAGCGCGGCUCAGCUAGCAGCUGCAGAACAGGCGCGCACGACCCUGCAGCAAAAUGUCUCAAAACUUGAAGCACGCAAUCAAGAAUUACGACGAGAGGUGGCAGACGAAUUUGCUAAGCGCGAACACACCUCUCUCGACUCUCAGGCUGAGCUCUCGGCCUCUCGGGCCGAGCUCUCAGCCUCUCAAGAAAAGAUCCUGCAAUUAGAGAGCCAGCUUCAGGUGGGGUGCUCUAAAAGUUUUGAUGACGCAGGAGAGACCGCGACACGUUUGCACUCACUGGCCUUGUAUUCCCAUCUCAGCGUCAGCAAGCAGAGCAUACUAACUCAGAGCAACGCAUGA